CGCUCGCCCGGGACCUCGCGCACGGUCCCGCUCCUAAUUAAAUUAAUUAGGGCGCAGCGCGCGACGGGCGGGCGGUGCCGUGGCCGCGGUGCCCCGCGGCGGGCGGGCGGCCGGCAAGGACGGGGAGGAAGGAAGGGAGGAAGGAAGGGGUCCAUUCAGAGCUCCGAGGGGAGGUAAUUCGCCGGGAACAAGGGGCCGGCUUUGCAAAGUAUAAAUAGUGCCACUUCAAUCGCGGCGUCGCUAUCAGACCCCGGGAGCCCUGCACGUCGGGCGGCACGGCCCGGCCCGGCUCGGCACGGCCCGGGGCGCCGCCGCCUCCCCCCCGCGCCGUGGAUGCCCGCCCGGGGAGCCGGGGCAGCGCGCCCCUGAGCCAUGGAGGAGCUCACGGCGUUCGUCUCCAAGUCGUUUGAUCCCAAAGCCAAGGAGAAGAAGGAGCUCAUCACCUACCGCGAGGUGCUGGAGAGCGGGCCCCUGCGCGGCCCGCGGGAGCCCGGCGGGGCGGCGGCGGAGCCGGGCCGGGAGGACACGGGCAGCCCCGCGGCGCGGCCGGCCGGCGGCGGGGCCCGCAACGGCGGCGGCGGAGGCGGCCUAGCGCGGCCCGGGCGGGCAGGCCCCGCUCCGGCUGUCCCGGCCCCGGGGGGCUCUCGCCGCAUCCCCCCGGGCAGCGGCGGGUGCGGGAUGAGCCCCCGGACCGCGCGGUGCCCGUCCCGCAGCCCCGCCGGUCUGACCGCUGUGUCGUGCCCAGUGUCCCCAGAGCUGAAGGAGCGCAAGGAGGAUGCGAAAGCGAUGGAAGACGAAGGGCAGACGAAAAUCAAGCAGAGGAGGAGCCGGACGAAUUUCACCCUGGAGCAGCUGAACGAGCUGGAAAGGCUUUUCGACGAGACCCACUACCCGGACGCGUUCAUGCGGGAGGAGCUGAGCCAGCGGCUGGGGCUCUCCGAGGCCAGGGUGCAGGUCUGGUUCCAGAACCGACGAGCCAAAUGCCGAAAGCAAGAAAACCAACUGCACAAAGGGGUGCUCAUCGGUGCCGCCACGCAGUUCGAAGCCUGCCGGGUGGCCCCGUACGUGAACGUGGGCGCGCUGAGGAUGCCCUUCCAGCAGGUUCAGGCGCAGCUGCAGCUGGACAGCGCCGUGGCCCACGCGCAUCACCACCUGCACCCGCACCUCGCCCACGCUCCCUACAUGAUGUUCCCGGCCCCCCCCUUCGGGCUCCCGCUCGCCACCCUCGCCGAGUCCGCCUCCGCCGCCUCCGUGGUGGCCGCGGCCGCCGCCGCCAAGACCACCAGCAAGAACUCCAGCAUCGCGGACCUCCGCCUGAAGGCCAAGAAACACGCCGCCGCCCUGGGGCUGUGACCGCCCCGCGCCGCUUUUUUAAAAGGAAAAGGAGGGGGGAGAGAAAAAAAAAAAAAGAAAAAAAAAAAAGUGGGGAAAAAAAACCAACAACCAACAAAACAAAACAAAACAAAAAAAAAAAAAGGAAAGAAAAAAAAGAGAAACGGACGGGAGAUAUAUAGUUAUUUAAGGAAUUAGAGGAACUCGACGCGCAGCUGGGAAGUUCACAGGUUUUGAAACUGACCUUUUUCUGCGAAGUUCACUUUAAUACAAGAAAUUUGAUAAGAGAGGCGGGCCUCCCUUCACGUUGCAUCAGAUACUUGAGUUUAACAACCACGUCUGGAAUAGCGACAAAAAAAAAAGGAGAAAAAAAAAAAGAAGAGAGACGAUGAAGAGGGAAAAAAAAAGGGAAAAAAAGAAAAAAGACUGAUUUCUCUGCGAAUUUCUAAUGGGAAACUGUCCGGGAUACUUCCUCCAGCAGCAUUCCGGGUUGCAUGUAUUUGUAUUUCAUUGAUGGAGUCCUUUGAUUCACUUGCACUUCACCCUCAUCUUUAGUAGAAAAAAACGAGACAACCACAAAACCAAACAAACAAACGUGGCUGGGUUCUUUCUCCUUUAAUCUUGGAGGGAAGCAGGCAGAGAGAGGGAGAUCAAGCACUACCUUUUCCACUCUUAAAUCUUUGUUGGUCGUUUGCUGUCCCACCUCUGAAAUAAAAGGGAGCGGAAAGCACCAGGAGAGCGGAGUGUGCCUCGCUUUGCCGGGUCUCUCCUGUCCUGAGGGCAAAAACAAACGAGAAAAAAAAAAAAAGAAAACAAACAAAAAAAAAGAGUAUUUAAUUCCCAACCACCACUUGACACCACGGCAAAUUCCAAUAAGAGGUACUGGGUACAUGUAAUAUAUGUUGAUACACACGAACAAAGUUUAUUUUGGCUAUAACUUGUGAAUUGAUAGUUGACUGUCAAACAUUUACAUUUUAUCUCAUAAAGGUGUAUCUAUUCACGUAAUCUUGUGAUUUUUUUGGUUAUUAUUAUUAUUAUUUGAGAGACGUAAAGCUAUUUAACCUGGGGCACCCUGCAGUCGGUGAUUGUUAUCCCAGAUUUUGCCAUCAGACCCUCAAGCUUAUUGCCAAGACAGAGGGAAAGCUCUUCUACGUGAACUUUGGUAUGGACGGGCUUUGUAUCUAUUUGUUCUCCAUGAAAACAAAAUUAUUUAUAUUGACCAUAUUUUUUCUAGUGUAUUUUAAGUUAUUUAAAAAAGAAAAUGAAAAAAAAAAAAGAAAGCAAGAUGCUGUUAUCUCAUUGCAUUUGUUGUCAGUACAAUAUAUUUUGUUUCACUCAGGUUUGCUUCACCUUUUUUAAUCCAUUUUCGACGUCACGAAUUUCAAUAAGUGCCAAGUAAUGAAUUUAAGACACUUUGCGACCUAUUGACUGAAGGGGGGACGGUUUGGGGGACGGUUUCGCCUCCCUCCUGGUACUGUCGAUGUCCGACCAUCGGUGAUGUUCUUUCUUUUCUGUGUUUACACCCUUCUGUAGAGCUCGCACGUUUCUUUCUGCUCCGUAGAUAUCGCGACACGCCGAUAGCGCUCAGCACGACGAGGAAGCGCAUUUCUUUUUUUUUUAUUAUUUUUUUUUUUUUUUAACAACCACUUUAUCUGAGUUUUUCCUGAGUUUCGGCCGCACAAACCCCGGGGCGCGGCGUUCGCGGUGGCUUUUCUGUUGCAGCCAAACCGGCCGGUGGAAGCUCUAUAGCAAUUGUGUCUUUACAAGUUCUGUCAGGUUCCCUCAGGUAAUAAAAUCGAGGAAAGUGGAA